AUGGCUCCAAAAAAUCCAAGACGGCCUACAAAAGAAGGAUUAACUCAUGGAUUAAGAGAUGAAGAUGAAAUCAAAGAGUUUCAGCAGCCACAUGGAAAUGGAAAUGUACACAUGCAGGUUCCUCAUCAACAAACUGAGAACCAAGCGAUGAGUAUAAGAUCGAGAAAAGCAACGCAUCAAGAAUACACUAGUCGUCGCCUGCAAGAUACAAUACAAGUUGAGGAGUCUCAGCAUCAACAACGACUGGAAACACAACUAAGCUUGCAAAGCACUCAAAAACCCAAGAAGAAAGCUGCACCCCGAGGGCCAACCAUGUUAAGACAGAUGUGGACAACUGAUCCUAAUGCAACACAGAAAGUAAUAUCUGUCAACAGAAGGGGUCAACCAAUCGGUCUUAAUAAAGCAACAUUUGUUGAGUUCUUGGGCACAAUAGCAAGAAAUCCUAAGUUUACUCCUCUUCAUAUUAACGAUUGGCGCAAUGUAUUGGAAGAGAUGAAAGCUGAUAUGAUACAACUAGUAAAGGCUAAGUUUAGAGCAGCUCGUUCAAAUUUGCCUUAUGAUUUUCUAGACCCGAUUGGUCGUGAUGACAUAUUCUCGCAAGUUAUGGGAAAAGAUCUGCCUAGAAGGGUACAAAUGGUUGGCUUAGGUGUAACUCCCGCCGAUGUUUGGGGUGUCAUUCCAAGUCGUCAGGCUUCUUAUCGCAUGUAUAUGGAACAGAAAGAAGAAAUAAAUAAAGUUAGAGAAGAACUAGCUCAUGCAUCAAAAUUAGUGAUAAGUUUGCAAGAAAGAUUUGAUUUACAAGAAAGUGCAAAUAACAGUUCCCCUUGUAGUCGUAUGUCAGCUAGUGGGAAUAACAUUUCUCCUCGUGGUCGUAUGCCACCUGGGCAGUCAUCAAAUUCGGUUGAUCUUCAAAAGAAUCUUAAGGUUGGGGGUCUUGUACUUCUGAAAAGUUUGCAAGACAGUAGCAAAAUUGUGGCAAAAGGAGUUCUUUGA